AGGAAAUUUGUCGAAUUUUAAACGAAGCAUUGAAAAGUGAAGACGCGUUUUACAAUCAAGUGCUUAAAAUUGUGUGUUUUAAUUGAUUUCCAACACCUUUAAUUGCUUAAAAACAGCUAAUUUAUUGAAAUAACACAUAGGAACAUAUUGCAAAUAAUAAAAUCAUAACAAAAUGUCGCUAUUCGGCUCAUUAAUGGGAGAUUUCGAUGAUGACCUUUUCAUGGGUAAUCACAUGAAUGCCAUGAACAUGCAAAUGCGUUCGAUGAAUCGUUUGAUGAACUCAUUCAUGCCCGAUCCAUUCAAUAUGUUGGCACCAUUCGACCCCGGCUUCCAACAGAAUGCGCUCAUGGAGCGUAGCAAUCAACAUGUCGCUAAUCCAAUGGGUGGACUUUUCGGUUUUCCAGCAAUGCCAAAUAUAAAUAGACUACUUAGUGCAGAUAUUGGCUCACCAAACGGCGCUUCAUAUUGCUCCAGCUCAGUGAUUACUAUGUCGUCUGGUCCAGAUGGUCGCCCACAAAUUUAUCAGGCAACAACUAGUACAAAAACUGGACCAGGUGGCAUACGUGAGACACGUAAAACCGUUGAGGAUUCAAGGCGUGGCAUGAAGAAAAUGGCUAUUGGUCAUCAUAUUGGGGAGCGUGCGCAUAUUAUUGAAAAAGAACAAGACUUGCGUUCCGGUCAGUUAGAGGAGCGUCAAGAGUUUAUAAACUUAGAGGAAGAUGAUGCAGAGGACUUCGAUCGUGAAUUUACCAACCGGGCACGUGGUAGUGUACGUGGUGCGCGUCCACAAGAGAUGAUCACCAUUGAAUCGGCUGAUGAUGACGAUGAUGUGCGUCCACGUCAUUACAGCAGACAUCACGGUAGUGGUGGACAGCAUCGCAGACAAUUGCCAGCUUUGCCCGCACCGCCACAACAGAAUAGCUCGACAUUGUCCCCUUCAUCGUCGGUCGAUUCGUUGAACUCCAACUCUAAGAACAACAAAAGCCACAACAACACCGACAAUUUGUCUACGGAGCGCGCAAAUGCAAACGCCACCACAAAAAACAAAACCACAACGUCAACACAAAACAGCAAUAGUAAAGCCAACAACAACAAUAGCUACUUGACAUCGCAAACAACGCUUCGCUCUCCGACCGCUGCCGGCUAUCAUCGCGGCAUUGCAGCACGUCGUCCAUUACGUACGCCAUCGUCGUCGCCCCUAGCCACCACACCGACCAAUCACAGUCACAGCACAGCGCCAACGACAAGUGUACAUCCCCAUCCAUAUAACGCUUCGGCCGCACGCCGCAAUUACCGCUCUAAACAUAGCAAACAACAUCAACAGCCACACCAGCCACAAACGCUGACCAUAACCGAGGUAAUCGAUGACGACGAUGAUGAAGAGGUGCAGCCAACUGGCGGUGCGGUAAUCGUAGAAGAGGUGGAAGAUGAUGCAGGACCCGCAACAGUAAUCAAUCCAGCAGCUGCCGCCGCAGCAGUAGCAGCUAACAGAACGGCUUCAAAAUCUCAGAAAUCACCUCAUCAUUAAAACCAUUGAAAUCCAUUACAUACAUACAUAUAUUAAUUGCGCGUGGAAGUAUGUGUUGUUGUAACGCUGAUGAGUGAACGAACGGACGCAUUAAUUUAAGUAGUUGACCACAUUGAUAAUAAUGAAAUGUUCAAGGCGUUGAGGUAUUAAUGAGACGAGGCGCAAAUGUAGUGGUGGUGUGCGCAGCAGCAAGCGCCAAUUAAUUAUUUAGUUAAAUAGUCGAAGUAAACGUUUGGUAGUUGAGUUGGGGAGCGCGUUGGCAGUUCGCGUAAAUUAAAAUGCAACGCUGUUCGUGCGUAUUUUAUAGAAUUUUAAGUAGUGGGGGCAUAUAACAAAACAAAACAAAACAUAAGCAAACAAAAAAAUCUAUCUUAGGAUAACACUUAAUAAACCCUUAACAUUUAUUAGUACUGUAUAAAAAUAAUUAUCUACACUUUAUGCUGCGCGUGCCCAUCAAUAACACAAAAUUUUUGAGAUGUUUGUGCUGCGCAUAACGAAAACAAAAAACAAAAUACAAAAAACCCAUAAAAGCAAAAACAUUCUAAAGCAGUUGUUUUAUGCAAAGAAAACGUCAAAUUACUUGUAUGAUUGAUUUUAUAAAUACAUGCUUAUAUGAGUCUUAUGCUGUGCUGUACCGCAGCUGCUGCACCUUUUAAUUCAAAUACAAUUUUAUUAUAACACAUAA